AGUGGACGGUCGGGCAAAACCAACUCCUCCGCCGCACGACGCUCACAGCACGGCACAGGAUUUUCGCGACGAGUGCUACCCAAGGUGUUCGGUCGGUUUUGUGGUGGAACAAACGGGGUGAAAAGUGCACUCAAUUUACGGCCACUGUUUAAAAAGACUCGCUCUUCACAGUGCAGGUGUGUUUUACGGCCUGCUCGACAAAUAAACGUUUCCUCGCGUUAGCUCGCGUAGCAGGUGCAACACAGAGGGGGAGUUCAAAACCAAAACCCCCCCAUUACAGCACGUCGGUCGAAAGCGCAUUUGAAAGAGAUGAGUUAUGAAUUAAACACCGCCGAAGGUGUGUAAACACGCGGCAAUGUAAAUGCGUCCCGUUGCGUUGCCGGGCCUGUGGUGAGUGAGUCUGUCCAUCGCAGCGGCCACAGCACGCCGGGUGUGUGUGUGUGUGCAAUGGUAAUAAAAAUCACUACACCGGGUGGUCGGCGGACUUGUGUUUGUUUGUGUUUUGUGGCGAGAUUCAUGCUGCUGAGUAGCUCCCAAGCAGAUAUCGAAUGAUUCAAUAUCUCACCCCAACGUCUCGCUCCAGCUCGGGGCGGUAAGGUUGCGGAACAGGGGAAAAGGGAGGUCACAUUGUAUCGAUACCACCCGCCGCCAUCGAUUGGACCGUUGGAAAGACAUUUUAAUGAGAUUCGGAAGCAUCUUUCUGUCUGUCUCCGUCUCCGUCGCCGCCAGCGUCGUGUUAGAGAGGUGUGCUAAAAAUAAUUCGCAAACAUCACCCGUGCUUCCUCCAAUCGGACAUUUUAGCUUGACUUUGUUAAACAGGACGUAGAGGUGCUCACCGGUUAAAAUUGGUGUCGAUGCGUAGUCGAUGCAGCGACAAGUUAGCAAACAGCGCAACGAGCAAACGAGUCAGCCAACUCCAGCGGCAACAAACACAGCAGAAAAACAGUACGGCACACAGCACUCAGUAAUCAUUGUGGCAUUGGGGAGUGGCUGGGAAAAAACCCAGGAAAGUGAACAGUUUUCUGAAUAAAUUUAACGCCCCAGAGUUGUGGGCCGGAGAGAAGUAAGACUCUUGUUGCGCGCACACGAACACGGCUCGUUUGCUGUGCUGUCGUCCCAAGGGUGAAAUCUGAAAAUUGGAAUGCGAAUGCGAACUGCCUCUCAUGCAGGCAAGAUACCGAGAUACAGUACAGUGUUAUACGCGAUAGUUAGUCAGAGAUAAAGAAGAAAAAAAGUGGCCUGUGAAAGUGAAGUGUCCAUCCGGUGUGAGCAAGUGAACACAUCCUCUAAUCGGAAGUGACUGUGUGCCCGACAUUUGCGAAAGUAACGUAGCAUUGGAUGCGACGGAACGAGUGUAAAGCACUGCAACUGGAACGCAGGUCUCUUUUGUAGCCAGCAAACAGACAAGUUUUACAGCAUAUCCGUGUGUGUGUGUGUAUUUGGGGAGAAAACGGACAUGCUUUCUGUUGUGGGAUAAAUUAGGAAAUCUGCACCAAGCUAACUCCGACCUCCGCCAACUAUGGACUGGAACGGUACGACGAGCGGUACGGUCGAUUUGCUCGUGUCCGCCGGCACGGCUGCCCUAUCGACGCUAGCGCCCGGCACGGAACUGCCAACGGAACUGCUCGCACUGUCCACCAACGGGACGGGAGCGGGAGUGAACGGAACUACCACCAGCAGCAGCACCACCAGCACCGGCAUGACAGUGACCGCGAGCGACAUAACGAUAGCGUCCGCCGCCCACUACCACGGCGGCAUACCGUUUCCGUCCGAGCUGCUCACCUUCCUGCGGCAGACCACCACAAUCGCUUCGUCCUCCUCGUCCGCUGCGAUGCCUCCGCUGGGUGUGACGAAUUUUUCCACCUUUCUCAGCAACAUUACGCUGCGCGCGUUGACGGCAUCGGCGGCGGCCGCUGCGACCGGUGGCACCAGCGGUACGAGCGGCCCGAGCGGUACGAGCACGGCCGAGUUUACCGCCAACCUUUCGCGCCGAUUUCCGCACCACCCGUUCUUCAGUACCUUCUUCAACGAUUCCGCCCUGGACAUUUGUCCCUCGAUCCAGAUGCCGGUCGGGAAUGUGAUUUCGAUGAUACUGUACGCGCUGGUCGCGAUUGUGGGGCUUUUUGGUAACACGCUCGUUAUCUACGUGGUGCUGCGCUUUUCCAAAAUGCAAACCGUCACGAACAUGUACAUCCUGAAUCUGGCCAUCGCCGACCAGUGCUUUCUGAUUGGCAUUCCGUUCCUGAUCACCACGAUGCACCUGGGCGAGUGGACGUUCGGCAACGCGAUGUGCAAGGCGUACAUGGUGUCGACCUCCAUCACGCAGUUCACCUCGUCCAUCUUUCUGUUCAUCAUGUCCGCCGACCGGUACAUUGCCGUGUGCCAUCCGAUCUCGUCGCCCCGCUUCCGGACGCCGCUCGUGUCGAAGGUGGUGUCGGCGAUCGCGUGGACGGCGUCUGCCCUCAUCAUGCUGCCGGUCAUGCUGUACGCGAACACGAUCGCGCGCGAAAAGGACAAGAUGUCGUGCAACAUCAUGUGGCCGUCCGAGACGGGCGCGAACUCGGGCUCCACCUUCACGCUCUACUCGCUCAUACUGGGCUUCGCGAUCCCGCUCACGCUGAUCCUGAUGUUCUACUAUCUGGUGAUACGCAAGCUGCGCACCGUCGGACCAAAGUCCAAGUCGAAGGAGAAGAAGCGGUCGCACCGGAAGGUGACCAAGCUGGUGCUGACCGUCAUCACCGUGUACGUGCUGUGCUGGCUGCCGUACUGGAUCUCGCAGGUGGCGCUGAUCAACUCGCCGCCCGACAUCUGCAAGUCGCGGCUCGAGAUUACCGUGUUCGUGCUGGUGAGCUGGCUCGGCUACAGCAACAGCGCGAUGAACCCGAUCCUGUACGCCUUCCUGAGCGAUAACUUUAAGAAAAGCUUCCUGAAGGCGUGCACGUGCGCAAAGGGGAAGGAAAUCAACGCCCAGCUGCAGAUCGAGAACAGCUUCUUCCCGCGGUUCGUGCGCAACCGGGGCUCCGAGCGGGGCAACUCCACCAAGGUGCUGCAGUCGAACAACCGAAAUAAUCGGGUGCCGGAUGCCGGGGCCCAUCAGCAGCAGCAGCAGCAGCAGCAACAGCAGCAACAGCAGCAGCAACAGGCACACCAACAGACAAACGACACCCUUGCCAACAACAACAAUGUGUGUAAUGUGAACAACAACAGCUCCCAGGCCAGCACGGUCAAUGGGAAGGGUGGCAACGGUGGCAGCGGCAGCUUGCAAAAUGGCUCCUCCAUCGCAAUGCCGUACGGUGGUGGAGGGAUGAGCUCGGAUCAAAGCUCCAUCGUGCGUGGCUGCGGCCCAUCAACGAGCGUAACGACCAUCCAGUCGUCCCAGUGCGGCGUUCCGCCAAUAUCGAGCCGCGUGGUCGAGGGAGGCAAUGAUAGGUCGGGUGGUGUCUCCGACCCCACUUACUGUCGGCCCCCGGUACUCCACACCGAUCUGUAGAGCGUUGCACGGCGAUUUACUCGGGGACUGGGAGUUGGAAUUGGACAGCCAGCGGAGCGUGGACCAGCCGGACCCUUCCGGGAGAUAUAGCUAUUUUUUCCCUCUCCUGCUUCGACGAGUGCAGUACAACCGAACGCGACGGAUCAAGUCCCUUCAUCGGGAUGGAAAUGGAUCAUAAGCAGCAGCAGGAGAAUCAGGAGAGACGAACGGAAGUGAUUUGUGUACAUACGAACUGACAAAAAGGGGGCUGAUUGAACAUGGGUGGAGCGAGUAAGUCAUUAAGGACGAGGGGUUGCCGAGGGUCAUGCCACUAGAAAACAAGCACAAAUAUCAAACACUUAUAGAAAGCGUUAAGGAAUCUUGAGCGCCAGUGAAGGGUAAUGGUUUUAUUUUAAGCGAAUGAGUGUGAAGGCUUCAGGUAGGCUAAAAACUAAAAUCAAAACAUAAUCAAACAGCUACCAAAGAAAAACAAACCAAACGUGCGAGAUAGCUCGCCAGAAUCGAACUGCAUCCAGCAUGGCAAGCCCAUCCAGAAACUAACGUUGAGUCCAUAAUUCCGUUCCAGAAAAAAAAA